AUGACUGCAACACGUGUAAGAACCACAGAACUCAGAUACCAUCAUAUGACAUCCAGCAUGGCAGUAAAUGAACAUAUUAGUCGUAGUGUCUGUGUUGAGGUCCGUGAUGAGCCGAGCGCGCAGCCAGUGCACAUCUUGGCACAAAGUCCUGGUACGACGCACGGUGCUGGGGACAACAACAGCCCGGUGCAGCGGAGAGGAUUAGACCUGGAUAUGGCGACACUCGUGAGGCUCGUUGGAGUGGUUUUACUUUUACAAUAUGUGGGGAUUGUCCAAACCGAGAUCGCAGCCCUCAAUGGUGAUUCUUAUUCAUAUUUGCCUGUAGACUCUGGCGAUGAAGAGUCAGCUGUGGAUGUAAGACUUUACAGUCAUCGGUGGAGAAGAUGGCUCCCUCCCAAACCUCAAAACAUGGACAGUAACAGAGCGAGUCCGGAGCAGGACCAGGACACUGAACCUGAGGAGCCGGGGGGCUUCCCUGGAGUGCUGCCCACUGAGACAGAGACAGACAACAGUUCACAGAUAGAGGAGGAUACAUACCACAACUACUACACUUCCAAAACCUAUGGCCCCUCAGAUCCUAUGAGCAAAGACUUGUGGGUAAAUGUUGACGAUAUGGACAAGGAAAAAGUGAAGAUCCAUGGCAUUCUGUCCAACACACACCGACAAGCAGCGAGAGUCAACCUGUCUUUUGAUUUCCCCUUUUACGGACACUUCCUGCGUGAAAUCACCGUGGCCACUGGCGGAUUCAUCUACACCGGGGAUGUUGUUCACCGGAUGCUCACGGCCACUCAGUACAUCGCGCCUCUGAUGGCCAACUUCGACCCCAGUGUCUCCAGGAACUCCACCGUCAUCUACUUCGACAACGGCACUGCUCUGGUGGUGCAGUGGGAUCACGUUCAUCUACAGGACAACUACCACCUGGGCAGCUUCACGUUCCAGGCCACGCUGCACAACACCGGCCGCAUCAUAUUUGCAUAUAAACAGAUUCCCAUCGAGGUGUCUCAGAUCAGCUCCGUCAAUCACCCGGUGAAGGUGGGCCUGUCUGACGCCUUUGUGGUGGUGCACAAGAUUCAGCAGAUUCCCAAUGUGAGGCGGCGGACCAUCUACGAAUACCAUCGCGUGGAGCUGACCAAGACCAAGAUCACCAAUUCUUCAGCGGCCGAAAUCCUGCCUCUGCCCACGUGUCUCCAGUUCACCAGCUGCAGCUCGUGCAUCUCUUCGCAAAUCAACUUCAACUGUAGCUGGUGCCACAAACUCAACAGAUGCUCCAGCGGCUUUGACCGUCACCGGCAGGACUGGGUGGACAACAGCUGUCCGGACGAGACCAAGGACAAGAUGUGUGACCUCCUGGACACCACCAGCCAGUACCCCUUCACUACGUCCAAAACCACUCGAAAUAAAGACGGGGCGGCUUCCACCUCUUUCCUGCCCACAAGUGUCCCGACUGAGGAUGACACCAAGAUUGCUCUACAUCUCAGAGACAACCAAGCUGUUCCUGCUGAGAACACGGUGGACCGGAGUCUCGGCACACACCCCCAGCACACAGGCCUGAUUCUGGGCAUCCUGCUGGUGUCCCUGAUCAUGGUGGUGGGGGUUCUGGUCACUGUGUACAUCUACCAUCACCCCACGUCUGCAGCCAGCCUCUUCCUCAUCGAGAGACGUCCAAGCAAGUGGCCGGCCAUGAAGUUCCGCCGCGGUUCGGGACAUCCGGCCUACGCAGAGGUGGAGCCCGUGGGCCAGGAGAAAGACGUGUUUAUCGAGUCCGAGCAGUGCUGA